AUGCAGCGCAGUCAGUUGCUUGCUAGCUUCCGACAGAAAAGGGCGAAAGGGGACGGUCAAGUCGCGCAGAAAAAGACGCAGAAGAGGAAGGGCCCGUCUCCAACGCAGAAUGACGGCCCAGCGCAAGGUCGCCCCCUAGGGAUGGACCUCCAGACAGACGGCAACGCCACACAGCAGGACCGCAUGUGUAACCAUGAGGAACCACAACGUUUUGGUGAGACAGAUCCGAGCCAACUUCCAGAGUUCCAGGGGCACUUGGAGCAACACCAUCCCCAGGAGGGAAGCAGUGUCCUGGGGGAGCAGGCGGUCGAUGGGCAGCCUGAGGAGAUGGAGGUUGUGGGAGACGAGGUCCUAGUGGUUCACACUGGGAAAGAUCAACUCAAGCAGUUACAGGCAGCAGUAGAGAAGCGUAAUGAGAUCAUUAGAAGACUGAGCUGUAACCUGCAGGAGGCGCUGGAGAGCAGAGACCAGGUACAGCAGGAGGCCUCCUCCCUCACUGGACAGAUACAGGCCCUGCAGAUGCAGCUACAGCAGACCUCUCAGUUCUUUCGCUCCAGGACACAAGGUGGCUCGGAGCUCUCCCUAGCCCAGCGGCAGGCCUCCCAGCCUGACCACACCUCCCACGACCUCUCCUCACUCCCCAACCACCUGGAGGUCCCAGUAACAGAACCAGGGAACCAAAUACACACACAUCGAAUGGGACAUGAACAGACUGGAGCUGGGUGUGAGAGCCUAGAACAAUGUAUUGAUCCUGAGAUGGAUGUACUGAUGCACACAUUGAGGAGAGAGCUGCUAGAGGAGAGGGAGAAAAACCAGCUCAUUCUUUCCCAACUAGAAGAGGAGAGGAAAGGGAGGGAGGAGGAGAGGAGAGAGAUCCACCAGUACAAGGAGGAGAAGGAGGUGUUGAAUAGGGAAUUGCAGGAGCUAAGGAGGAGACUGGAGGAGGAGGAGAGGGAGAGAAAGAACGAGAGGGAGGAUGAGCGAGAGAUCAGGGAAAGGCAGGAAGAGGAGAAGAGGAGACUUGGAGAGGAGGUGCAGAGAGUCAGACAGCUGUUGGGGGAGAGAGGGAGAACGAGGGAGGAGUUGGGAUUCAAGGCUUCUAAAGACAAACUGAACCAGGCAAAGGCUAGUGAGGAGGAGGAGGAGGAUAGAGGGAGAGAGGAGUGCCUUCUGGACGUGUCCCUCCCAACUGAUGGCACCCCGCUGUUGGAGCGCUACUUGUCCUCGGCCCUCCCCUCACACUCAUCCUGGGCCAAUGAAAGUCUGGAGGAGUGCAGCCUGCUGGACGAGCACAACCUGCUAGACAACUCUGGCAACUACAGGUUUGAGCUGGACAGUGAUAUCGUUAGUGGUGGUCGCCAAUCCCAGCUGUCCUUUUCGCAGGAAGAACAAACUCACUUUUCCGUCCCACCAUCCACUGCACGGUCCCCCCACCCUGACCCUGAGAACGAAACCUUGCCCUCUUUCACCUCCCAGUGGCAGAACGACCCCUUCUCUGUCUCACGAGACCCCAGCGAGACCUCUGAGAGACUCAGUGAGACGUCGGAGAGUCAGGAGAUCUCAGACCUGGGCAAGGAGCUGCUCAUCCAGCAGUGUGGAGACCUCAGGGAGGAGGUGGCUCUGAGGGAGAGGGAGAAGGAGGUGGUGAUUGAGGAGUUGAGGAGGAGCGCUGAGGAGCUGGAGGAUGCCAGAGCCAGGUGGGCCCAGGUCUCUGAGGAGCUGCAGGAGGUGCACUGGGAGCUUGAGGAGGAGCAGGAGAAGAGGAGGAGAGCUGAGGAGGAGCAGGAAGAGCUGCUCUCCUCUGUCCGGUUGGAGAAAGGAAGCAACAAGGAGAAAGAGGGGGAGCUGAGGGAGGUGGAGGAGGAGAAGAGUGUCCUCCUCUCCAGGUUGAGGCAGCAGGAGCAGCUGGUCUCCUCUCUGCAGGAGGUGAAACAGGCAGGAGACUCUGUCUCCUCUGAAGUCCAUGCUCUGUUUGGACGACAGCUACAGUCACUACAGACCCAUCGUGACCAGCUUCUAGCCCUGCUGGAAGAAACUAAAUCCAGGCACAAAACCACCACUGCCCUCCUCGGUCAGAAAACCCUGGAGCUCGACACCGCUCAGAAAGAGAUGGACAGAGUCCAAAAGGAGGCGGAGGAGAGGGAGAGGAGGAUAGAGCAGACAGAGAGGGAGAAAACAGAGGUAGAGUCUGAGUUGCUGUGUCUGAGACAGAACCUGUGUAACCUGGAGGAGGUGCAGGCCCAGGGAGCGAGGGAGGAGGGCAGAAGGAGAGAGGAGGAGAUGGACAGAACCACGCGGAGGAUGGAGAAGGUGAUGGCGGAGGAGCUGGAGGAGUUCCAGAGACGGCUCCGAGCCAAGGAGGAAGAGGUGGAGGAGGAGCGGGAGAAGUGGGAGGAGGAGAGGCAGGAGAAGGACGAGGAGGUGCAGGGGGUGAGACGCCUGCUGGAGGAGCAGCGGAGGGAGAGGGAGCAGGAGGUGAAAGCGCUCCUGGAGCAGCAGAUGAGGUCUGUGGAGGAGGCCACAGAGAGACUGAGGAGAUCUCACAGUGAGGACGUGCAGGAGCUGCAGGAGAAACACCAGGAGGAGGUGUCUGAGCUGAGCAGCCGUCUGGAGAGAGAGCUGUGUGAGCAGAGGCACAGUCUGGAGGAGGAGCAGAAGAGACAGAUCAGCCUUAUCAAACAGGUGAAUGAGAGAGAACACCAGAGGAUGCUGUUGGAGAUGAUGUCACAGCAGAGGGAGGAGCUUAGCCGUUUGAAGGCAGAGCUAUCAGGGGAACAGAGGGAGAGCAUGGAGGCAGCCCACCAAGCAGAACUACUGCAGAUACAGAGCCAACAGGCCCUGGAGCUGGAGGCGCUGCGUCUGAGCCUGACCAACCACCAAACGACCCAGCUAGAGCUCUCCCAGGCCAACCUGCAGCGGGAGCGGGAGGCCUCUCUAAGCGAGCUCCAGGCUUCCCUCAGGGAGAAGUGGGCCCAGGAGAGGGCCGUGCUGCAGGCCAGACAGCAGUUUGAGGUGGAGAGGCUGAGAGCUGAGUGUGAGGAGAGGAUCCAGCGAGAGCAGCAGGAGUAUCAGAGGAACAUGGAUGCUCUGAGGCAGGAGUGUGAGAGUCGUGUCUCCCAGGAGAGAGCGUCCAUGGAGGAGCGGCAGGCUGCAGAAAUAGUGGCCUUGAGGUCCCGUUGGCAGCAGGAGUCAGAGAAGGCCCAGUCAGAGCUCCAGACACAGCUGUCAGGGGCUCGGGCAUCACUCUCUACCGAGGCAGCCUUCACCCAGACUGGGGCAGAUCUGUCCGAGGCCCGGGCUAGCCUGGAAGAGCUCCAGAGGCUGGAGGGGGAGCUGAGCCAGGCCUGGACCGAGAGGGACGCUGCUGCCCGUGCAGUAGAGGAUCUGGUGUCCAGACAUCAAGUGGUGCUGCAGGAGAGAGAAGAGCAAACACUGCAGCUACAGCAGGAGGUGUGUUGUCUGCAUGGAGAGCAGGUAACUCUGAGACAGACUUGUGACCAGGAGGUCUCUCAGCUCUGGGCUCAGCUAGGCAACAUGAGGACCAGCCGCCAGGAACUGGGAGAGUUGAAGGAGCAGCUGCUAGCUCGUUCGUCGCGGGUGGAUGACAUCGAGCGUCUGAAGGCGGAGUUUAACGAGCAGAGGCGGGAGAUCAAUGAGCAGAAUGAGGUUGAGCUGGAGAACCUGAGGAGGUACUUUGAGCAGCGUCUGCGAGUAGCAGAGGAGAGCUACCGGGAGGAGAUAGCCCUGCUGCAGCUGAGACUGGUGGAGGGAGCCCUGGAGGACUCUGUACUCAAGACCCAGGAUGCUAGAGGGGAGGAGGAGAGGACCGAUAUUCUGGCUGAGAUCACACUGAAACUGGAGAAACACCAGGAGGCAUUUGACCAGCUGCGUAUCCAGUUGGAGGAGAGACACACUCAGGAACUGUCUAACCUACAGUCCUCUAUGGCCCUGUCCUACAGAGAGGAGCUGCUACAGGUGCGUUCGGACCUGACUGAUCGUUACUAUGGCGACCUGCAGGAGCUGAAGACUCGCCACGCCCUCGAGAUGGAACAACUCCGCGCUAAACUGUCAGACAGCCAUGUCAGAGAGCUGACGAGGGUGCGUCUGGAGGCUGCCAGACAGGUGGAGGUGGAGGUGGAGCAUAGGAUGUGGUGUCACUCUGAGGAGCUGCAGACCAGAACGACCAUGAUCCAGAACUUGGAGACACGACUGGCUGCCCUGGCAGACACACACAACCUGGAGCUACACUCACACACUAUGAAGCUGAAGCAGAGCUUUGCUGAGGAGCUGGGUGUGAAACUAGCAGAGGAACAUAAGGAGGAGAGGGAGCGAGUGAUGGAGGAGAUGACCCUGAGGAGAGAGGCGGAGGUGCAGAGGCUCAGACAGGCACUCCAAGAGGAGGAGGAGGCACGGGUCUCUGCCCUGAGAGAGGAGCUGGAGAGAGGGAUGGCGGAGGAAAGGAGCGCUCUGGAGAAAGGGAUUGAGGAGGCGAGAGCGGCGCUCAGGAGUCUACAAGCCUCACUGGACAACGACCUGAACCCCCAGGCGGUGGCAGUGAGACAGAGACUAGAGGCCCAGUACGAAGCUGAGCUGACCAGGGCCAAGUCCACCAUGGCUGCUGAGGUCAAGGAGUUGACUGCUCUGCUUCAGGAGCAGGGAGACCAGAGGCUAUGCCAAGCCCAGGACAGGUUCCAGGAGGAGAGGGGGGAGUUGGAGCAGCGUCUGGCCCAGCAGGGUGAGGUUUCUCUGGGGGAGCUGAGGGAGGAAUACAUGGCCGCCAUGGAACUCCUGAAAACCACGCUACUGACCAACCACACGAAGGACAUGGACACACUACGAACCUAUCACAAAGCAGAACUGGACACCUUGUUGGCCAAUCACAAGGCUGAGCUCAAAGCAAUGGCAACGGAGAUCGCAACAAAACACGAGGAGCUUGUUGUCUUGGAAACCAGCCUAGAAUCAAAACGCAAGUCAGAGCUCGAUCGCCUGGAGGCAGUCCUAAAGGAAACCAAUCAGGUUCAGCUAGAGGCACAGGAGGCGGAGUUAGAACACCGGCAUCAGGAAGAGAGGGAGGAGCUGGAGAAGAGGAUGCUGGGUAAUAUGGACACACUGGAGACCACGUACCUGAGGGAGAUUCAGACUCUGCGCGAUCAGAAGUCUGCGCUUGAGGCGGAGCGUGAAAGGUCAAGGCUUAACCAGGAAGUGGAGAGGGAUGGGUUGGCGCAGCAAUCCAUCAGGGAGGAGCUGAGGAAGGAGCUGGCUCAGCUUCACAUGGAGAAGUUUAGCGCCAUGGCAACAGAGCUCAGCCACACCCACCAGAAUGAGUUGACAAUCCAGAAAGAGGCCUUAGAAGCUAAGUUGUCUGUCCAGAGAGAGGCCUUAGAAGCUCAGUUGUCUGUCCAGAGAGAGGCCUUAGAAGCUGAACACCACACGGCUCUGGAGGCUCUCAGGAAAAAGGUCUUGGAGUUGGCGCAACAGCACUGCACUGCCUUAGAGGAGCUCACGCGCACCUACACCUCAGAGACACAGCAACUCAACACACAGCACCAGCAGCAGAUUCAGGAGCUAAAGAGUGCGUCUGUGAGAGAGCUACAGGCGUGUCGCCGGGAGCUGGAGGAGGUGUCGUCACGGCAACGGCUGCACUUCCUGGAAGAGGUUGAGCUUCUGAAGGCCCAAGCAGAGGAGAGACUUGCGCAGAAGACCAGCCAACUGAAGGCGGAGUUUGAGGAGCAGAAGGAGGCGGAGCUAGCAGAACAGAGGCAGAGCUUCAGGUCUGAGCACGAGCAGAAGGAACAAAGCUACACCGAUAAGAUGAGCCAGCUCACUGCACAACUGCUACAGCUGGACACUGUGGUGUCACAGCUGCGAGCGGAGGUGGGUAGUCUACAGGGGGAGUUGGAGGGGAAGAGGUCAGAGAUGGAGACCCUGGAUACACUCCUCCAACGGCGAGAACGAGAGAGUCAGGAGGGAGGCAACCUCCUCAACAUGCUUACUGAGGACCUACACACUGCCAAGGAGGAGAGGCAGUCUCUCCUGUCAGCUAAUGAGAGGCUGAGGAAGGUUCUGGUUGAGGUGGUUUUGAGCACCAUGGCAAUGGAGGAGCUAAUUGGCCACCGGGUCAACGCCUGUGUCGGGGUCAAAGGUCAUGAUCAGGGUGAGAGUCCAGGAGAGGGAACAACCAAUCAGGAGACAGGUGUCUCUGUAUUAGACAUGUCGACCGGUGAUCUGGAUCUCUCUCAACGUGUGUGUGAGAGCCUCCUACUGGCAGAGUCCCAAACAAACUCGGGAGGAGAGGAAGCAGCCCUGGGAGAGGAGGCAGCCCUGGGAGCCUGCAGCCAACUACGCCACUCUGUGGACACACUCCUGGAGCUCCUCACACGCGCUAACACACAGUUGGAGGAGUCUUGUUCUGUCCAUCUGUCUCUGGAGGAGAGAUUUUCCCAGGGCCGUUCAGACUCCUCCCAGAUGCUGCUCCAACACCAGCUCGUAUUGGAUCAGCUGGACCAGGAAGCGGGGCUAAAGAGCAAGCUCCAGCUGGAGCUCCACAAGGCCGAGGGUCUGUUGGAGGGCUAUGUAUCUGAGAAGGCAACCCUGGAAGAAUCUCUACAACAAAAGGAGGCUCAGGAAGAACGGCUUGUUGAGGAGCUAGAGGGCCUCCGGGCGCAGCUGCACCAGAAGGAAGGCCUCACCUCGGAGCUAGAGAACCUCAGGGUGCAGUUGCAGGAGCUCAGCGAGGAGCACAGUCUCCUCCAGCGCCAGAAGAUACAUCUCACCGCCGGACUGGGAGAGAGAGAAAAGGGCCUCCUGGUUGAGGCAGAUCGUCUGGGCCAGGAGAGGCUGUGUGUGCAGCGGCAGGCGGAGAAAGACCGCAGCUCACUGUCGCUGCGCCUCAGGGCUCUGGAGACCGAGCUAGAGGAACAGGAGAACCAGGGCCUCACGGCGGAGCAGCAGCACAGGGCUCAAUCAGAGGACCUCCAGCAGCGCGUCCAGGCCCUCGAGAAACAGCUCAAACACGACAGGCAGUUUAUAGACGAGCAGGCAGUGGAGCGGGAGCAUGAGAGGGAUGAUUUCCAACAGGAGAUCAGAAAUCUGGAGGCUCAGCUCAGACAGCCAGCCAGACACCCUGCUGGGACCAGCAAGGGCCAGCGGAUUGAGGACUUGGUUCUGCAGGUGGAGAGCCUUCAAGCUCUCAUCAGGGACAAGACAGAAGACCACACCUCCCUGCUGGCAGCCAAUCAACAGGUCCAGCUCGAGGUUGCUGAGCGCAAUGAGGAGAUUGACAAGCUGGCUGGGCGAAUUAGGGAGCUGGAACAGGCGUUGCUGAGCAGCUCCGAGAGCAGCAAAGCUGUCAGUCAACUGGAGCAGGAGCUGCACAGAGCUCGGCAGAGAGAAGAGGAGCUCACACAGGAUAAGGAGUCAUUGCAGCAGCAGCAGUUGUCAAAUCGUCUCCAGAUUUCAGCGCUGCAGUCUAAACUGGACGAGACCCGUCACCGUUACCGUGACAACAACGCUAGCACCCCCGACCCCAUCCAGCUUCUCCGAGACACGUUGGACACGGCACAGCAAGACCUGCAGGACAAGGAGCAACAGGUGUGUGUUUUGGUUGGUCAAAUGGAGGAGACUCAGAGAGACCUGACCAUAAAAGAGGCGGAGUUAAACCACCUCACACUCCAGCUGGAGCUCCUGACCAAUCAGAACACGGAUACCAUCACCCAGCUUCACGACCAAGUCGCUUCUCUCAAAGAGACAGUUUCAGCCCUUACCUUUCGCCUGGAGGAGAGAGAGAUAGGAGAGGAGAAAGAGGAGGAGAGUCUCCCAUCUGCUCUGUUAGAGGAGAAGAAUGACGAGAUAGACCACCUGACCCAGGAGAUACACAAGCUAGAACUGGAGCUGGAGACAGCCGGGGACAUCACGGCCUUCCAGACAGAACUGGAAGACCUCCGCUCCCAGGUGGAGCACCUCCGCUGUGACAUCAUCAGGGUGCGUCAGGACAAGCAGGAAGAGGAGGAGCGGCUUCAUGAGGUCAUCAGCACGCUACAGGCGGAGCUAAACACCCUUUGCCCCGCCUACCACGAGGUUAGCGACCUAUCACAAGAGGGUGACAGUGUUAACCCUUCGCCUGCUCCCAGCCCGGAACCUGCCAACUACCCCCAACCAGAGAGAGGAGGACCGAGAGGAGGAGAGGGCGACAGUCUUAAGCAGGAGAUGCGUCUCCUCCACUCCUCCUCUUCCCGUUCUCUCCGUUCCCGUGUGGAGGCCCUGCAGGGGCAGCUGGAGGUGACGGUGGGAGAGAAGGAGGCGAUGGAGAGACUGCUGCUCUCUCAGGAGGAAGAGUACAGAGGACAGGGGGAGGAGAUGGGGAGGAGGCUCAGGGAAGAGAGGGAGAGAGGGGAUGAGGUAAAGAGAGAAUUCAAUCUAAAACAGGCUGAGCUUGAAGAGGUGAGAGCCAGGAAAGAAGGGCUGGAGGAGGAGAGGGAUGCAGCUGUGGAGGAGAGUGGUCGCUGGCAGGCUCUUGCCCAGGAGACCAACUCCCUGCGAGGGGAGAAAACUCGGCUAGACUCCCUGGUCCUGGAGCUAAAAUCAAGGGUUGAAGAGCGGGAGAAAGAGACUGAAGCCCUGCUACAGACCGUGGUGGCUGUCGAGACGGCGAAGGCAGAACUUUCGUCAGAACGCGAGGCCCUGCGGAAGAGGGAGUGCCGACUCCAAGAGGAAAUAGAACGCCUCCAGCAGGAAGUGACCUCUCAGAGGGCCUGCCUCCAGGAAGUCAGCCUUCAGCUAGAGGAGAGGCGAGCCAACCAGGAGGAGGCUCAGAAGGAAGUGCUGACGUGUGCUGAGGAGACUCUGGCGAAGGCUGACGCUGCCCUGAGACAGAGGGAGGAGGAGCUACAGAGACUAGGGGCGGAGCAUCAAGCCCUGGGGGCAGAGUUAGCAGCUGUGAAGGAGGGUCUUUGCUCCAGCACGGAGAGAGCUGAGAAACUACUGGAGGAGGGACAGACCAAAGACCGGGCACUGGCUGACCUGGAAACGAAUAACCAGCAUCUGAAGGUGGAGCUCCGGGGCCUACAGGAAGACCUGGCCGUGCAGGAAGAGGAGCUGGCCUAUCAGCAAGGAGAACUGCUGCAGCUCAGACAGACCUGCAACCCGCACAACAGACAGACACACUCAUUGAAGGACGUCACGCCCACAGGAUUCCAGGACGGUGUGUCUUGCAACGGGUCCCUGAGUUCUCCCGAGGUUCUCCGUCGACUGGACUGUUCUGAGGAGAGAACCAGAGAGGAUAGGUUCCACCCCUCUGUUCUCCACGGUUCUAGACUGUCUGACCUCAGUGCUUUAAACAGCACAGGCCUGGAGCUCCAGGCUAAAGCCUCCCCCAGAGUAAGGCAAGACCAGCCCUGCCCAGGGACGAUCAGCCCAGAGCUGGGCACACACAGCACCCACUCCCCUGGGUCCAUCUCUGCCUCGGACAAUCUCUCCAUGUUGGACUCAAUGGACGCUGACAAGGUGCAUGAGCUGGAAGCCCUGGACCUGACGGCCCCUCCCUCAUCUCUUGGCUCCGCCUCUUCUCUGUCCGCAACGGAGUGGGCCAGUGAUGGAUAUGGCAGCAAUGUCAGUUCAGAGCUCGGUGUAAGACUCAAGGUAGAGUUGGAGCAGACAGAGAGACUGGAUGCUCAGUUCUUGGAGUACCUGCGUUGUCGAGGCAUGAACCCCGCAACCAACACACACACCGACAACACACGCACAGACAGUGCCGCCGGGAGUAUGAACUACAGCGACGAACUGUUGUCUCCUGAACUACAAGGUCUGUUGAAGAGAGUGUACCAGGAGAGCUGCAGGGUUCUCGCCCUCUCCCAAAGUAAAGCCCCCUCCUACUCUAACCACCUCUCAUUGGACCAGACGAUCUGUCAGUUAGACUCUAAAGCUCCUCCAAUGGGUUGGGAGCAGGAGAAAAGGGCGUUACAGGAAACUGUCGUCGCUCUGAGAGAACUGCUCUGUAGGAUGGCACAGAGACCGGAGAACUCGGUGGAUGCUGGUUGGAGCAGAGGGCUGCAGGCUGCAGUGAGGGGUGUGUUUGACUGUGAGAGGGCAGGGCUUCGCUCUGAACUGCAGGCUUUUCUCUCCUCCCACCCUGAGAUAGACUCCACCCACCUCCUCCGUCAGCUGGAAACACUGCUACAGAGACAAGAGGAGCAGCAGCGUGUUGUGGGGGAGCGUCUGCUCUCUGCAGACAGACACGCUCUGCAGCUGCAGCACUCUCAGGAGGAGGAGUCAUCUAAAGGGGAGGUGUUAUCCAGGCUGAGGGCGGAACUAGAGGAGAACAGAGAACGACUUAACUCCUCCCACAGCACCCAGCAAGAACUACAAAACGAGAUCCGCAAUCUCCGGCUGUGUAUAGAGGACUGUGAGGAGGCUGUAAGGAGGGAGGAGACCAGAGUCCAGGAGCUACAGCAGGAGCUGGACCAGGAGAGAACUCACACACACCUCCGGGAGAAGGAAGAGGAGCAGCAGAGAUCAGAGGUCGUGACCCUGAGGGGUCAGCUGGACCAGGAGAGGACGACCUCUAGUAACCUCCGACAGGAACUCCAGAUAGAACUCUCCCGCGGCCACCUCCUCCAAUCACAGCUUGACACACGUCUAGCCGAUGCCCAUAAGGAGCUGGAGGAGGAGUGCGCCCGUUCCGCCCGGCAACUCAACACUUUCCAGUCACAGGAAAAGAGUCGGCUGGAACACUUCCUGAAAGAGGCUGAGUCCCGCCUAGCCGACGCCCACAUGAAGAAACUGGAGGAGGAACGCGAGCGCUCUGCCCGGUGUCUCGAUGACAUCACACGCAGACAAGAAGCGGACGCGUCCCGAGACAGGAAGUUCAUCUCGGAGCUCCGCUCUCAACUGGAGCAGGAGAGGAGGCAGGGGGAGGAGCUAGCCACAGUGACAGACGGGCUGAGGGCGGAACUUCUGCAGAACCGGAGGAGAGUAGAGGAGGAAGAGAGGAAGAGGAGAGAGGAGGCACAGAGAGAUCAGGAUGCUGCAGCCAGCCUCCGAGUUACUAUGGAGACACUCAAGGAGCAGAAGCAGGAGGCUAGUCGAGCAUUGGAGACGGAGAGAGAGCGUUCUGAUCGCUUAGGGGCGGAGCUCAAAGUGCUGAGGGAGAGGCUUCGAUCGGUCAAUGACAAGGAGAGGGAGCGGGAGGAACAGAGGGAGAGGAGGAAGGAGAGACAGGAGCAGACGGAGAGAGAGAGGCGACACGAGAGGACCAGCAACAAACUGUGUGAAUUGGAGUUAUUGCGGCAGCAGGACCAGCAGAGGAUGAGAGAUCUCCAGCAGACUCUGGCUGAGCUAGAGAGGGAGGAGAGAGAGAUGGCCACAGAGAGACUGUCCAACCGACACCAGUACAACUCCAGCCCACUCCAACCCAAGAAUAACACCUUGACUGGGCCAGACCAGACCAGCACAGCCCUAUACAACCACCAGUCUUCCUCUUCCUCGGCACUGGGGGAGAGGUUGUCGAGGGAGAACUCUGACCUGUCGGCCUGCGUGAAGGAGCUGAGUCAGGAGAGGGUUAACCUGAAACACACCCUGUCCUGUCUGGAACGACAACUACGACAGGCAGAGACUGAGAACCGGCCCAGCACUGACCUCAGCAACAGCAAGUUCCAGCGACUGUAUCAGCGCUAUCUACGGGCUGAGAGCUUUAGGAAGUCUCUUGUCUACCAGAAGCGCUACCUCCUGCUGCUGCUGGGGGGCUUUCAGGACUGUGAACAGGCAACUCUCUGUCUUAUCGCCCGGAUGGGGGCGCACCCCUCGCCCCCCCACGCCCACACACACUCUCCCCUCUCGCGCUUCAGAGCUGCAGUGCGAGCUGUCAUCGCCAUCUCACGACUGAAGUUCCUGACCAGGAAGUGGCAGAGAGCCGUCAGGAGAGGAGUUACAACUACUGUCACUGUCAACGGACACAGUACAGCUUCCAGGACUGAGGUUUUGAGGCAGCAGCAGCCACUGGCCAAUCACAACUCCUCUCCACCUACUAGAGACAGCAGCCCCACCCAUAAGGGUGUGGUCUCACCAAUGAAAUCACCCUUCAGGCUCCACAACCGAGUGUAUUCCAACCCGGUGCUGUCAACUGAGCCUGCUUCGUCCAGUGUUCUGUCCCAGGAUGCCGAGCGGUCUCUGACAGACUACAUCCACCACCUGGAGAACGUACAGCAACGCCUGGGGGCUGCACGUCCAGACUCUCCAUCUCUCCUCUCCUACCACAAGAAGUCUGACCGCUGAAGGAAGGAAUGAAGUAGUGUAUGAAUGCCUCCUUCCAAUCCAACAUCCUUAUGAUCCAUCUUUGUGUUCAAAUAUACAAUGGAAUGUAUUUGUCUAAUAUCUGAUUUAGAAAGUUAGAAUUUAAGACAAAUUCUUUUUUUACGUUUUUUAUUUUCUACCGAUAUUUCUGUCGACCUCCGAGUAACUCCCUAAGAGGUCUUCUCACCCGAAUGCAUGUGUUUUUGAAAGUAUUAGAUCGCUAUUUUUCUACCUGAGUUUUAUACAAGUUUGUAUCUGAUUCUUUAUAUAUGUUCUUGGUUAUUAAUAUUUGUUAAAGUUUCACGUAGAUAAAUGUGUAAAGUUUCACACUGGAAUUCCAAGCUAUAGAUCAAAGCUGGUGGACAUGUUUUGUCAAUGAUUUGUUUUUUUAUCGAUCACCAUUUCUACAAAAUAAAUAUUUAAAUUGUGUGAUUACCUGC